UAGCGAAAGUAAUCAUCUCGGAGCAUCAGCUAAGAGCAUGGUCAUGGUGUAAGUACUAUUAUUAGUGCGUUGAAGUGAAGAAAAGAGGUGCAGAGAUCAGAGGAAAGGCAACAAGUCUAGAGAGAGAGAGAGAGGAGCAGUAUGUUGACAUUGCAAUUUGCUAGUGAGAGCAGAAGAGAAGGCGGCUUCGGCAGAGGAGAGAGAAAGAGGAGUGAGAGGAGUUAAUAAUAUCCCAUCAUUCACACUCCACGGCAUCAUUGGCAACUCCUCUCUUCCAUUCCAUUCAACCACAUCUGUUUCUUUAAUUGCUGCGUUUAAUCACUCUCCUCCUCACCAACCGCUUCGUUCUCCGUUGGUGUAUAGUUGCCGCAGCAGCAGCAGCACUCGCCACUGUUCUUUCUUUCUCUCUUUCUCCUCCUGCUGCUGCGUUGCUUUCUUCAGGCAGCUAGCUCAGCUGCUUGUGCGUGCAUGGGAAGGAGUAGGAGGAGGAGGCUCUGAGAGGGAGGGAGGAGGAGGAAGAAGAAGAAGAAGAUGAAGUUCAUGAAGCUGGGCUCCAAGCCCGACGCCUUCCAGUCCGACGGCGCCGACGUCAGAUAUGUGAUCUCAGACCUCGCAACAGAUGUCAUUGUGCAUGUCAGCGAAGUCAAAUUUUACUUACAUAAGUUUCCCCUUCUGUCCAAGAGCAGCAAGCUUCAGAGGUUAGUUAUUAAGGCCACCGAGGAGGGGACUGAUGAGGUCCACAUAGAUGGCUUUCCUGGAGGAGUGACAGCGUUCGAAAUAUGCGCUAAGUUCUGCUAUGGGAUGGUUGUUACCCUCAGUCCUCACAAUGUUGUUGCAGCAAGAUGUGCAGCAGAGUACCUUGAAAUGACUGAAGAUGUGGACAAGGGAAACUUGAUAUUCAAAAUCGAUGUCUUCAUAAAUUCUAGCAUCCUCCGUAGCUGGAAAGACUCUAUCAUUGUUCUCCAGAGCACAAAAGCACUAUUACCUUGGUCCGAAGAGCUGAAGGUCAUCGGCAGAUGUAUAGAUGCUAUUGCUUCAAAGACAUCUGUGGAUCCAGCUAAUGUAACCUGGUCAUACAGUCACAGCAGGAAAGGAAUGAGCUGUACUGAAAUAGUUGAAUCAACAGGAAGAACAUCAAUAGCUCCUAAAGACUGGUGGGUUGAGGACUUAUGCGAGCUCGAUGUUGACCUCUACAAGAGAGUGAUGGUUGCUGUCAAAUCCAAGGGGAGAAUGUCACCUGAAUUGAUAGGGGAAGCCCUUAAAGCAUAUGCUGUCAGAUGGCUGCCAGAUUCUUAUGAUGCUUUGGUCGCGGAGGAUUACAUGAGAAGGAACCAAUGUUUGGUCGAGACUAUAAUAUGGUUAUUGCCGUCAGAUAAGACAUCAGGUUGUUCUUGCAGGUUUCUCUUGAAACUGUUGAAAGUUGCUAUAUUGGUUGGAGCUGGGCAACAUGUGAAGGAAGAACUUAUGAGAAGGAUUAGUUUCCAGUUGCACAAAGCUUCGGUUAAGGAUCUCUUACUACCUGCUGCUUCACCCAGUGAUGGCGCACACGAUGUUAAGUUAGUCCAUAAUCUUGUGCAGAGAUUUGUUGCAAGAACAGCGAUGUCCCACAAUGGUGGUUUUGUUGAGAAAUCUGAUGACAAAAUGAUUGAGCUUAACUUUGAACAAGAAUCCACUUUGGCUUUAGGAGAGCUGGUUGAUGGCUAUCUAUCUGAAGUAGCUUCAGAUCCAGACCUUUCAUUGUCUACAUUUGUUGAACUAGCAACAGCGGUUCCAGAAGCAGCUAGGCCUGUUCAUGACAGCUUGUACUCAGCUGUUGAUGCAUAUCUCAAGGAGCAUCCAAACAUAAGUAAAGCCGACAAGAAGAAGAUCUGCGGUCUGAUAGAUGUCAAGAAGCUUUCAACAGAUGCAAGCAUGCACGCCACGCAAAACGACCGCCUACCGCUCCGGUUGGUGGUGCAGGUCCUCUUCUUCCAACAGCUGAGGGCGGGUUCCAGCAAUGCGCUUGCUCUAACGGAUGGUGGAGGACACACGUGCGCAAAGCCUAUUAUGAAGGAUCAGAGUGACAUUUGCGAAAGACGGAUACCAAGGCAUCCAAACUCGCUGAACAAGCAAGCGACCAGCCUAAGCGCGAGAGAGGUCGAGCACCGGAAGAGCGAGCACAGGGGAGGAGGCAGGAACAGCUUCAAGGACCAGCUUGGCGGCUUCCUUCUGCAGUCAAGGUCCAGGAGGAUCUUUGACAAGAUAUGGAGCAGCAAGGGGCAGGGAGAGAAUGGCAAAGGUUCAGAGACGUCAGGUAGCUCACAGAGCCCGCCAUUGUCGGCUAAGCCUGCAGAUGUGAAGCCCUCUCCCCUCCCACCUCUUAGGAACAGGAGAUAUUCUGUUUCAUAGGGUUCUUGUUUACUUCUUUUAAUUUAGCUCUGGGUUAGGUUGUACAGAAAAGAUAAGUUGAUCAGCUGGCUGCACAUCAUUUUUGGUUUGAUCCUUGCUCAGAUCAGUGAAGAGAAAGGUGUGGGGGUAAGGGUGUAAGCACUAAGUACUAAGCACUUGUUCUACCUGCUGCUUUCUGUAUGUUUAUCAAGUUGUAGCUUACUAUAGUGUCAUCUUGACUUGAGAGAGAUUUGCUAGGGCCUUUUAUUGGAAAUGUCUAUGAACAAGAAGCGAAAAACUAAUGAAAAGGGUUCA